AUCAGUGGAUGUCAAGUUUAAGCAAAUUGGAGUAGCCGAAAUGAGGUUAUGUUUAUAAAAAAAAAAAAAACUUGAUAAAGCCAACACGGAUGAAAUUAGGAGUUAAUCAGAGCUACGCGUCGGUGAUUAACAAUGGCAAAUAUCGGGGGCGUACGUAGACCGCGAGAGGACGACGUCCUCGAAUGUUUUUUCUUUCCAAGAGUUUGUUACACGUCCAAUCCAGAAAAUGUCUCGGAAGGGGAACUGCUGCAAGAAAUUAGUAAGCUUAAUCAAGAGAUCAACCAAUUUACAGAAGGAUACAUUUGGCAGAGGGAUUCAUUAAUAUUUCGGCCGAAAACAAGGCAAAUGUUGUUACUUGACAAAGUACUCUCUGGAUCUUCGGUUACCGAAGAAUGUCAGCUAUUGCCACAUAUAUAUGUGAGGUUACGCUUUGAUGAAGAUAUUGGCGACGAGUGGUUUACGGUAUUUUUAAUAUAUCACUUGACGAAAGUGUUUGAUGGCUUGAUAGCAAGAGUUAUAGAUGGAGAUGGGGAGUUUCUCUUGAUAGAAGCUGCCGAUCAUCUCCCUGUUUGGGCUAAUGCUGAUACGUGUCAAGAUCGAACCUUUAUACGCGAAGGAGCGGUUUAUAUUGUCCAAAAUAUUCAGAAGACAUUUCUGGAACGUCUGGAAGCAAUUAGUAAGUGGCCAGAAUUGUAUCGAAUGCCUGACAGCGUGCAGACGACGAUAUGGAAGAAAUUAAGCAUUUAUCCUGAGGAAAUUCAGAGGCGGAAACAUAAGGCAAGAGCAUUUUUACCUGAAAAGGCUGCUGCUAUACUGAAUCAAGAACCAGGUUUAAUCGCUGCAGCAGUUAGGUCAAUUUGUCAUUCAGACCCUCUUGAAAGAAAGGUUUGUCGAGCAAUGAAGUACUUUCCACCAGAGCAGCGUAUUAUGGUCAAUGUAAAAGUAACAAAAUGUUUAUAUGCAAUGGCUACCCAUUGUCGGUACAACGGGGACCCAAGAACAGGAUGGAGUUUACCUCCGGCAACAAAUUCAAAGUACAAUGCUUAUGUGUUAGGGGUUAAAAUAGCAUGCGGUAUGGAGUUACUGAUAGCUCGAGCCAAUGACGAUGCACGCAGAUGGAAGAGUAAACAGAAAUUAACUGAGAAUAAUGACAGUGAAUUAAAGUCAAGAGAGAAAGCUUGGGAGAUUUACUUGUCUCGCCUUGAAUCUAAUGGAUAUUUCAAAGGUCUCUUAGAGGGUAGUCAAGAACGUAAGGAACUCUAUCGUGUGGCUCGAGAAUAUUUUCUAGAUAAUUCAAAUUGUUGCCAACCUGCAUUGACCGAGUCUUAUUCUGGCGACAGUGAGGCAGGCAGACUAUUGACAGCAUGGCAGAAUGCACAAUCUUGUGAUGUGCAAGAUGAAGGCUCUUUAAGUCCUGCAGACAGUGACAGUUGGUUGAAUGUCACACCAGCGCAGUUAGAGGCGAUGCUGAAUCAACAUUGGGGUCCCUCUGAAAAAAAGCCCGAACGAGAAGUUUUGUCUCUGCGAGAAAAGGUGCAAGCUUUCCUCAACCAAUCCAGUGGCAUAGAUGGAGUACAAUUUCCAGGAGAAGGAAUGACCGACGACACAAAAGUAGAACCAGAUGAGAGUACUCGAAUGGAGUUCGAUGCCGAUGUAUUUGAUACUACUCUGCGUGACAUCCUGGACCUCGUAGUUCCAGGUGGGGAUGACGAAUUCGAAGGCAGUUCGGAAGGUUCUUUAGGAGGCAGUAACGAAGGAAACGAAAAUGAGUUAGAUAAAUAUAUGAAAUUAUUGGACUCGCAGCUCGAAGUAGAAAUGCUAAAAGGCAAUGAUCGCGUAGAGUGUAGGUCUGAAGAAUCUGUAGAAACAAGCUUGAGGGAAAGUAUCGAUAAUGAAGCAGGUGGUUCGGGUCCCACUGGAAACAUUUUAGGUGGUCCUAUUAGGCGACUCAUGCAUUUACAGUUGCAGUCACCCACGACUGUCCCACCUGAUCUUCAGAGUUAAUAUACUCGCUUUCAGUUCUUCUGAUCGCAUUUUAUGCUUACAAUUCUUAUGAAUCUACAGAGCUAAAUACUGACUCAAAAUGUUUAAAUAAAAAAUCAUACAGUGAAAGCAAGAAGGACAAAGGAGAUUACAGUUGCACUUAUAUUGGUAUGUACAUCUCGGUUCGAACACUCAUUUUCAAAGGUUCUCUAACAUCUUGAAGAAGAUUUAGUGAAACUAGAAUCCAUUUACAAAAGGAAAGCACACAAGUACUUACAUUAGUAUCAAAUACGAACGAAUUGAGUCAUUAUCAUGUUGGGAUAUCUUUUUUAUUUCAACACAAUGGGUCGUAGAAAUCAUUAAUGCUUUUAUGCUUAAAAUUACUUUUAUUGUAAUAAUAAUAAAGAGUAAUGAUCUAAAUAGUUCCAGUCAACGUAACAAUGACAUUUUACACUGACACAUUGACAUUCCGCAGACACAUGUACUACAAUUAGGUCUGAUAUAAAGUCAUAUUCGCACAAAUUAAUAUCACGGAUAAGUUAGAUUAUCUUUAUAAGGAUUUAGAUUAUUUACAUUGAACAUUGUAUUUGAGUGUAGCAUUGAACAUUCAAUCUAAUCGAUUGGGGCGUCGGAAGUACAACUUUCCGUCCAUUAACAUAGUCUUGAUAUCUUUGACAUAGUUUGAGAUAAUCCAUUGUGCUUCAGCCUAAUCGUAAAGCUCGUGGGUUGAUUUUUAUCCUUUUCAUAUCAGCUUUGGCACGUAUCAGACAGACUCUUGUUCAAUAUUUGUGAACGCUUUAUUCCUCAACAAAUUUCCUUCCAAUGGGGUUGUAUGUACAGUCCUGUUAUAGAAGUUUUAACGUUUUUCUUGCCAUAUAAAUCUUGACUCUUGUUUUUCUAUCUGAAAUGUUUUAAAGUAAAUAAUAAUAUGUGAUACUUUUUAAACAGUCAGUUACAAAGAUUCAUUAAAGAAGAUCUUAACUGCAAACUUGAAGAUGACACGAAUGAUACUAUUUCUAAUCUCUUUACAUUACUGCAGUUCUUAAUCGGCCUCUUCGAGUAACGAUAUCACAACUUGGUUUUGAUCAAACUAUAAUUGUUUUCAUAAGAAAACAAUCUAUUUUGUAUUGCAAUUAUGUAUAAAAAAAAUAUGUAUGUAUAUAAGAAAAAUUUAUUCCAUGUUGCAAGAAACGAAAAUUAAUUUGAGAUGCCAUGUCGUUACAUGGAAAUUGUUUAUAAAAUACAUAUUAUACUUCAAGUUGCCAUCUUUAUACAUUGCACACGAAUUGUAUAAUCAAUAAAGAUCAUUAUCAUAUAAUGUCAUAAAUCUCAGAGGUAUUUACUAAAAUAUUACAUCUCCAUUGAUCGUAUUCAAGAUUUUUAUUUUUUAGUGGUUGAAUUUCUGCAUUACUGUAUCUUUUUAAUUCUUUAAAGAGAAACUGAGGACAAUCACUCUACAAUAAACAGAUGC